AUGUAUAUGAGACCUAGAAAGAGAGGAACAAAUGCACUGAGAUUGGAGAUUAACAAGGGCAGAUUUGAAGGUAAUGAUGAAGCAACAGAAGAAGAAGAUGAAGCUGCAGCAAUGGUAGAAGCCAUUGAUGAACUCUUUAGGACAGCAGUUGCAGGAGGUGCAGGGUUCAUUGAGUUGAACGGAGAACAAAGUGGAGAGCAACUAAUGGCUACAGCCUAUCCAUUGCCUGCGGCGAGAGUUGGCUUCAACGAAGGAAGACAAAUUCUCAGUUAUAUAAAGACAACAAAGAACCCUGCUGCAAGGUUUGUGUUCCAUGAUGCAACAAGUCCAAGAAAAGAAAGAGCGCCAGCACUUGCAAGCUUCUCCGCUAGAGGUCCGAAUCCAACCGUCGCAGAGAUUCUCAAACCUGACCUUAUCGCCCCGGGUCUGAACAUAUUAGCAGCUUUUGCUCCAAAUGUUCCAUUGACGGGAUCUUUUUACGAUAAAAGGACGCCCAAAUUCACCAUUUUGUCCGGCACGUCGAUGGCCUGUCCACACGUUGCCGGGGCUGCUGCCCUACUCCGUGGGGCCCAUCCUACUUGGUCACCAGCUGCCAUUCGAUCGGCUUUGAUGACGACGGCUGGAACCUCGGAUAAUGCAGGUCUUCCAAUGGUUAGAUUGGAGGACAUGAAGCCAGCUACGGCAUUGGGGAUUGGAUCUGGUCAGAUCAAUCCUGGGUUAGCUACAGAUCCGGGACUCAUUUAUGAUAUCGAUGUUCCCGAUUACGUCCAUUUUCUAUGCAGCCUUGGUUAUACUGAGGACCAGAUGAGAAUUUUGGUGGAGGAAGAACCAAACCCAUGCUCAGGGUUUUCUGGUUCGCCUGGGAAUCUGAACUACCCAUCGUUCUCAGUAUUGUUCAGACCUAACAAUAAUGUUCACGAGUUAACCAGAACAGUAACCUGCGUUGGGGAGCUACUGCCAGAAAUAUACGAAGUCAAUGUUGUUAAUCUGGCAAUUGAUAAGGUGGCUAUGACGGUCAAACCGCAUAAUCUAAUUUGCAGCAAAAUUGGCGAGAAGCAUAGAUACACAAUCAAAUUCGAAACCAAUUUCACGGCAAAGCACAGCUCCAACAUUGUUGAAGAUAUGAUCUUUGGGUCCAUUUCUUGGGUCAGUGAAAAGCAUGCCGUUCGAAGUCCUAUCGCAGUUAUGUGGAGCAUGGCAGCCAGAAAUUACAAUAACUGGGGUCAUUUACUAAGUCAUCAUAUCAUAUUUUUAGCUCUACACAUUCUACUAUUAAAGAUCAGAUUAGAGUAA